GCUUUGUAAUAGGGGAACUAAGUUAGGAGUUCAGCCACAGCAAAGCAAACCCAGAGAAGUACAGGAAGGAAAAAAAUAAUAAAAAUCUGUUUCAGCUCUGAGCUCUACUACUAUCUCAAGUCUGUCAUGUAACAGAAGUUUUUUUUUUUAAUUGUCAGUGAAAGCAGCAUUUCAUCAAAAACUAGGUUGUUCAAGUUUCACAACUCUAGGUCAUGUUGGGAAAGAAGCUGGUAACUGCUCAGAAGAGAGGGGAGACAAGAGCCCUGUGCCUGGGACUGGGAAUGGUUGCAUGCUCCAUGAUGAUGUACUUUUUUAUUGGGAUCACCAUUGUGCCUUUCUACACUAAGAGCAUUUGGACAACAGAAACUGUGUGCAAGGUACUCAAGGCCAACAUCGAGGACAAAGUUCUCUGCCCAGACAGCGAAGGCUCAGAGGAUGAGGACAUCUUUUCUUAUCCCUGCCUACAGGUGUGGGUUAAUCUGACAGCCUCGGGACAGGAGGUUAUGCUGUACCAGACUGAAGAUACACUGGAAAGAAAUCCUAAGUGCUCGUACGUCCCAGACAAGUCGGAGAACUCUAAAGAAGUUAAAGCACGAAUAGAAACAAUUGCAAGCAAUUUCAAGAAAUACCACACUUUCCCGUGUUACUAUGAUCCAGGAGGAACACAGACCAAUGUUAUUUUAAGCAGACUUUAUCCCCCAAAAGGCCUCCUCUUUGCUUUCCUCUGGCCUACGCUCAUGUUUACUGGUGGAUGUCUGAUUAUUGUUCUGGUAAAAAUUAGUCAGUAUGUUUCUGUUCUUUCUGCUUGGCAGUAGAAAAUAAAUUUCUAGCACAAAUUCUUGCAAAAUAUUAAAAUGCCUUUGUUCUGCCUGUUACUGGGAUUCUGUGACUCUUAAUAUACCAGGUGUCCAUCCAAGGGCAGGCAUUCCAAAGAAUUGAAUGGCACCCACUAUGGAUGGCAAUCCAUUACCCAAGGAGAAAAUAUGAUUCCUGGGAAUGUCUGAAAAUACCCCAUAAGCACACGGACCAAGUUACUGUCUAUUGUUUCCCUGGGCUUUAUGAAGUACAGCUGCUUUGCAAAGCUACAAUUCAAGUUUACUACUAAACUCUUGUUCCACAUUUUAGAUGUGGUGCUAGUUUUCUGACUGGUUGAGAUUAGCAUGUGCCAGAUCCAUAUACAUCAUCACUGGCAAACACAUCCUUUAUACACUUAUACACCGACACAUUAUGUACUCAUGGUAUAUUCUUCUUGUCUGUUGAGAAAGGCAGCUUCGUUAUGGUGCAAAAAAAUGUUUGUUUUCAUGGCUUUCUCUCUGCUUUUGGGAAAUGGAAGGGAGAAAACCACUCAAAAUAUACACACACAGACUUUACAAAACUUGCCCUCUAAUCAUCUAGCACCAGUUGUAUAUAAAGAAAUGCAUAAAGUACAGGGUACAGUAAAGAAGUUCAUACUAGAAGUUUUUGUAUUUAACUCAAAUUUUAGUCUUGCUUUAUUUGAAACAGGUGCACCACUCAAGGAAGGUUACCUGCCUGCUAUUUGCAUAGAUUAUAAAACUGUUGAGGAGAGGAAGCUAAGACAUAAAGAAUAUUAUUAUGAAGUAGGGUCCUGGUUCUGGCCAGGACAGGGUUAAUUUUUUCAGUAGCCAGGAGGAGGCAUGGCUAGGACCCUGAGGUUAUGCUAUACCACCUCAUGUCAUUUUCCAGGGAUGGGGAAGGGCUCCCUUCUGGGUCAGUAGCAUGGGCAGAGGGAGCAGUUGGGUAUUGUUGGGAGUGAGAACUCAUGCAAAUCAUUCAUUUCUUGUACACUCUUUUAUUAGCAUUGUUGCUGUUACUGUUGCUGUGUUCAUUGUCUUAUUUCAUUGCUGUUUCCAGUAAACUGUUCUUACAUCA